AUGGAAUCACACGACAAAUCCAAUCAUCAUGUUACAAAAAAGUUUUCCGAUCAACUGAUGUCCUUAUACACCCUCAAACACUUCCAAGAAAUUGUUUUCAUUAGAGAUCAUUCAUUCAUAUGUUUUGCCACUGAACAAAGGAAACGACAUUUUACAUCAAUAUAUAAUGAAACAGAGAUUCAUUGGAUUGCAACAACGGUAUCAAUCAUUGUGUAG